UUUGAGAAAAAGGAAAAUUGUUGUUUUACACUCUAUAAAGUGCUCAACAACAACCGUAGGCUAAAUCCAACACCAUGAAAUCCCUUCACUUCUUCCUUGCAUUCUUCUUCACCCUAAUCUGUUUCUGCAGCGGUGCGUUAAUGCACUGCAAUGGAUCCAUCGGAGACUGCAAUGAAGCCAAUGAGAUGUUAAUGGAAUCAGAAACAAGCCGAAGGUUUCUCGAACAGAAGAGGUAUAUAUCUCCCGGCGCUUUGAAAAGAGAUCAGCCGGUUUGCCCCACCGCCUCCGGCGGUGAAGCUUAUAGUAAAACCGGCGGCUGCCUCCCUCAACCGUCCAACCCUUAUAAUCGAGGCUGCUCCAAGUACUAUCGUUGUAGGUCUGAUUCGUGAUCGACUGCCGGUUAAAUCUAAGAAAACCGAUCCAAUUUGAGAUUUUCAUGUAUACCACUACGUAUAAUUUGUUUUUAUUUUUAUUUUUUAUCGUUAUAAAUAUUAACUAAUUCUUAAAAGAGCUUUACAUA